UUAACUUUCACUAGGAUGGCUCGGCUGACCGGGUUCAACCUAAUUUCAAUCUUUUGCCUCUCCCUGGCCACUGGCCAAGUACUAGGACAGUCCCAGGGCCAGAAUUGCGGUGAAUCGUAUCGGCACUUUUGCGUGGCGCGCAGUAGGUGCAGAAUUCGACUGGGCUUCCGAUCUCUAAUAGAUGGCAACCUAGGGUGUCCGUCCACAGAAAUCUGCUGUCCCCAGACGGCAAUUCUUGACAAGCCAGUCGUGGUCAUUGAAGAGAAUGUAAACCCCAGCUGCGGCCGUUUUAACCCAAAAGGAGCUAGCUUUGGAAUAGGUGACCUAAUAUACACGGCGCAGGAGAACGAGAUCCCUUGGAUGGUGGCCUUGCUCGAUGUUACAAAUCGUAGCUACCUGGCCGGCGGCGCCCUGAUCGCAGGCAAUGUAGUGAUCACAGUCAGACAGAAAAUCGAUAACAUGAACCCCGAGCAGCUUCUUGUACGGGCUGGCGAAUGGGACUUUAAGACCGACUCCGAGGUGUAUCCUCAUGAGGACGUUGAGGUCAAGAAGAUCGUGCGUCAUCCUGGUUUUAUUGCUGAUACCGGAGCCAACAAUGUGGCCCUUCUCUUCCUCCGACGAUCGCUUCAAACGGCCAUCCAUAUAAAUCCCAUAUGCCUACCGGACGGUCCAAAGAACUUUGAUUAUAAACGCUGCAUCUUUACUGGCUGGGGCAAGAAAUCCUUCGAAGACUACGUCCACAUGAACUUAAUGAAGAAGAUUGAUCUACCGGUGGUCCAGAGCGGUACGUGUCAGCGAGCUUUAAGCCAAGUUUUGCCAACCGAAUUCAUUCUUGACAACAGCCUAAUGUGCGCCGGCGGUGAGAAAGGCAAGGACUCCUGCACGGAUGAUGGUGGCUCUCCGCUGGCCUGUCCAAAAGAGGACGACCCUAAUCGGUAUGAACUGGCGGGGAUUGUCAACUUCGGCGUACAAUGUGGACUAGAUGGAAUCCCAGGAGUUUAUGUUAAUGUAGCCAAUCUACGCCAAUGGAUUGUAGAGGAAACUGCAAGGGGUCCCCUCCCUGAAGAGCCCAUCAGUGGACCUGCCCCACUAGACUCGACUAUCGAGAACGCCGAUAAGAAUCUUUAUAAUGACAAUGGAAAUGGGCAAUAUGGAUCUUUUGGCCAGGAUAACUUAGGGAUCAAUACACCUUCACGUCCAAAUGAGUAUACUAUUCUUGGGCCCAAUCAAAAUUUUGGUCAAGACAAUGGAAAUGGAAACUUUGGCCAGAAUUAUCCAGGGAACAAUAAACCUAUCCCAACAGUCGGUCCAAAUAAAUGGAUUAUUCAUGUGCCCAAUCCUAAUUUUGGCCAAGGCAAUGGAAAUGGGCAAAAUGGAAAUUUUGGGCAGAAUUAUCCCGGAAAUAAUAAUCCUAUCCCAGCAGUCGGUCCAAGUGACUGGACUAUUCAUGGGCCCAAACCUAAUUUUGGUCAAGGCAAUGGAAAAGGGCAAAAUGGAAAUUUUGGGCAGAAUUAUCCCGGAAAUAAUAAUCCUAUCCCAGCAGUCGGUCCAAGUGCAUGGACUAUUCAUGGGCCCAAACCUAAUUUUGGUCAAGGCAAUGGAAAUGGGCAAAAUGAAAAUUUUGGACAGAAUUAUCCAGGAAAUAAUAAUCCUAUCCCAGCAGUCGGUCCAAGUGCAUGGACUAUUCAUGGGCCCAAACCUAAUUUUGGUCAAGGCAAUGGAAAUGGGCAAAAUGAAAAUUUUGGACAGAAUUAUCCAGGAAAUAAUAAUCCUAUCCCAGCAGUCGGUCCAAGUGCAUGGACUAUUCAUGGGCCCAAACCUAAUUUUGGUCAAGGCAAUGGAAAUGGGCAAAAUGAAAAUUUUGGACAGAAUUAUCCAGGAAAUAAUAAUCCUAUCCCAGCAGUCGGUCCAAGUGCAUGGACUAUUCAUGGGCCCAAACCUAAUUUUGGUCAAGGCAAUGGAAAUGGGCAAAAUGAAAAUUUUGGACAGAAUUAUCCAGGAAAUAAUAAUCCUAUCCCAGCAGUCGGUCCAAGUGCAUGGACUAUUCAUGGGCCCAAACCUAAUUUUGGUCAAGGCAAUGGAAAUGGGCAAAAUGAAAAUUUUGGACAGAAUUAUCCAGGAAAUAAUAAUCCUAUCCCAGCAGUCGGUCCAAGUGCAUGGACUAUUCAUGGGCCCAAACCUAAUUUUGGUCAAGGCAAUGGAAAUGGGCAAAAUGAAAAUUUUGGACAGAAUUAUCCAGGAAAUAAUAAUCCUAUCCCAGCAGUCGGUCCAAGUGCAUGGACUAUUCAUGGGCCCAAACCUAAUUUUGGUCAAGGCAAUGGAAAUGGGCAAAAUGAAAAUUUUGGACAGAAUUAUCCAGGAAAUAAUAAUCCUAUCCCAGCAGUCGGUCCAAGUGCAUGGACUAUUCAUGGGCCCAAACCUAAUUUUGGUCAAGGCAAUGGAAAUGAGCAAAAUGAAAAUUUUGGACAGAAUUAUCCAGGAAAUAAUAUUCCUAUCCCAGCAGUCGGUCCAAGUGCAUGGACUAUUCAUGGGCCCAAUCCCAAUUUUAAUCAAGGCCCAUGGAAUCGUAUUUCUUCUCAAGACGAGCAGGUUAAUAACAAUAAUCAAGGCGACCAACAUUCCGGAUACGACGUAGUUUCAUCAUCUACAAUGGAAUACGAAACUAACUAAUACUAAUUUAUUUUAAUACUUUGUAUAUUUUUAUGAGAAAAACUCAAUUAUACAAAUGAAAUAAAAAAAAAACCUAAAAAAAUUAA